AUGAGUUCUACGAAGUCUCUUAUUCCUCCCAAGUUAUCUGUUUCCGGAAUAACAGGCGGUGCAGCAGCCUUUUCUCAGCUUGGUGACCUUUACAGUAAGCUGCCAAAGGGACCCCUAGUUGAAGGUAUACCUCAUACGAUGCCUAGAUUACUUGGAAGAUACUGGUAUAGAUACAUUCGAACCAGCUCGCCUGCUCCUCUUUUACAUAUUAUUUUGGGUGUUGGUCUUGUUAGUUAUGCAAUUGAUUAUGAACUUCAUUUAAGUAAAAUUCAAUCCAAUUCAAAUUUACCCUCUUCAAAACGUUCAACUAAGUUCAAGGUCGCUCGCCUUGCUUAUCAAUCAUCUCAUGAAAUGAAUGUGCGUGCAAAUGCUAAUU